CACUACGCAACGCCGUCACCAAUUGGUUUACACGUGAUAAGCCGCCGCCGCUAAAAAAUCAUUCCGCUUCGUUGUGUGGUUUUAUUUAUUAUUAUAGUUUCCAUUUAAAGAACACUAUUUGUGGGCAAAGAAACAAUCUGAAGAGAUACCCAAUAGGACUACAACAAAAACACGUGUCAAUUAGCUUUGUUUACCAAAGCAAGCAUUGACAACUCCAAACCCUACAUUUUUCUAAUUUCAUUCUAAAGGAGAUACCCCAGAAAAGCCUUCAUCAUGGGUAUGGUACAGAAGAGAAAGAAAAUGCACUCCGGUGAUACCCACCUGCAGCGUCGUUGGCGUGUCCGGAAUCGUACCCGAGAUUUGGAUCAAAUCGAUCAAGACCUACAGACCCAGUCGGCUGAGCUGAUCAAUCAGCCUGUUGAUUUGGAGAAGCCAGGUUUUGCUCAAUUCUAUUGUGUCCAUUGUGCCAAAUACUUUAUCGAUGACAAUGCAAUGCAAACACAUUUCCGUUCCAAGGUCCACAAACGUCGCCUAAAAGCUUUGGAGGUUGAACCCUAUUCAAUUGAAGAGUCCGAACGUGCAGCCGGCCAUGGUAGCUAUCAGAAACCCAAGAAACGCCAUAUGGAAACACAGCCCAGCAAAGAAGAAGUUAAACUAGGAAAACGCAUCAAAGUCGAAACCGUCAAUGAGGAAGAAGGUGCCAGCACAUCGAAGAAGGCAAAAGUCCAAAAAAUGGAAACAUAGUAAUCAGUCAUCGGCGGCAGGGUGGAAUAGUUAAUUGUUACUUUUCCUAUUUUAGUUUAAGUUAAUAUUUGGAGAUUUCUUUGAGUAAAUAAAUAUAGAUUUUUAUGAAAAUAUUACCACAA